AUGCUUGCCUCGGCUUUUUAUUUUGUAUGCGAAGUUAUCGAAAUGUAUUUGAUGAUUUCCUUCACUGUCGGAGCUGGUUUGGCUUUGGCAAGGAAAGUUGGAGAUGAACGGUUAAAGUUGCUUUAUCAGCAACUUGACGACAAAUAUGAUGAAAUAACUAAACAAGCUGAGACAAUAUCGCGUCUUCGACAGCAAAUUAAAGAGCAAGACGUGGUGAACAAUUCUUUGCGUAUAGAACGUGAGGGACAAUUAAAAGAAAUUACAACUCUUCAGUCUGCAAAUCGCGUGAAUGCACUGGCAGCGGCUGAAAAAGCUGCAGGUAACCAGCAAGGCGGAUAUAUGGCCAGUCAACAACAAGAAAUCUCCGAAAGUAUAUUCAUGGACGAUGAUGACGAUGAACCAGCCUUCACUGUCGGAGCUGGUUUGGCUUUGGCAAGGAAAGUUGGAGAUGAACAGUUAAAGUUGCUUUAUCAGCAACUUGACGACAAAUAUGAUGAAAUAAAUAAGCAAGUUCAGACAAUAGCUCGUCUUCGACAGCAAAUUGAAGAGCAAGACGUGGUGAACAAUUCUUUGCGUAUAGAACGUGAGGGACAAUUAAAAGAAAUUACAACUCUUCAGUGUACUCCGGAGCGUGUACGCAGCCUAGAGUUAUCACUGAAAGAGGCUAAGGAAGGAGCUAUACGCGCUGGACAUGCACCAGUGUCCACUGCUGGCGAUGGUCGGACAGCAGUGACACGACCAGAUAUUCCAAAAUCGUCAUAA